AGGAAGUGGAGGAGUCUUCAACUGAUUGGGUCAGACGUCAGAACUGUUUAGAACCCGGUAAAAAGGCAGGUCGAGAUUAAGAGCAGUUCAGUCUAAGAAGAACGGGUAUUUUAGAGAGGAUAUAAUAGGUUGUCUGAUCCAUACUCCAUUCUGGAAGGUGGCGGUAAUGCACCUAUAAGUUGUUUGCUAACCGCCAUAAAAAAAAAAAAAAAAAACAGAAGAAGAAGAAGAAGAGCAGUUCAGGUCCAUUCAUCAGCAGACCAGAACCGGGUCCGGUCCAGGAUGAACAUCUAUUUCUGCGGCAGCAUCCGGGGCGGCAGGUCGGACCAGCAGCUCUACCUGAGGAUCGUGCGCGAGCUGCAAAGAUACGGGAGCGUGCUUACCGAGCACGUGGGCAGCGCCGAGCUCAGCGCCACAGGCGAGGAGGGGCCGGCGGGGGCCGACAAAGCCAUCCAUGACAGAGACCUGGAGUGGCUGCAGCAGGCUGACGUGGUAGUUGCUGAGGUGACACAGCCGUCUCUGGGCGUCGGCUACGAGCUGGGCCGUGCUGUGGACAUGAACAAGAAGAUGUUGUGUCUGUUCCGGCCGUCGUCAGGACGCUCGCUGUCGGCCAUGAUCCGAGGAGCGGCGGACGGAGAGCGCCGCCUAGUGCGGGAUUACUGCGAGGACGAGCUGGAAAGCAUUCUGGAAGAGUUCUUCAGCAGCCUGAAGUGAAUGGAGGGAACAACCAAUCAGAGAGCUGCUAGGACUCAUCGUGGUUACCUGGGGACAGAGCCACGCCCACCUGAACAGGCUUUUAUUGUGAAGGGCUGCCUGGAACUGCUGCUGCUUCAUCAAUAAAAGCCAUUUCUAAUCUG